AUGAAGUUAUUUUUCAAGACUUUUGUUGCUAUCCUACUUUUGUUUUCAGGAGUACUAGGCUUAUUAUCAUCUGGAUGCAAAAAACGGUCUGAAGUAUGUCGAGCAAAUGUUGAUUGUUGUCCAGGGAUAGGUCGUCGUAUGGUAUGUGCUCCACAUCUAGAAAUAUGUGGCAAGAAAAUAUGUUGUAUUACUGAAGUCGAAGAACAACAAGAAAAACAAGCAGCUAUUAUUCGAAAUCGUAAUCCUAAAUUAAAACGGUUUUGGAAAAUACUGCUUGAUGAAGAUGACGAAAAAUAA